AUGUCUCGACUUCAGCGACCGCCUCGAGGAUUACAACAGCGUGAUGAGGUCGAAAGGAACAGGAAAGAAGACAACAAGACGCAAUAUGUGCGGAAACUAUCAGGCACAACUGUUCAUGGGGAGCGGCUGUUCGGGCGAUUCACUGCAAAAACUCCCAAUGCGCCCGGGGUGUUGGGUGUACUAGACGUUUCCGGUCCACCCCCCUCGAUCGUCGCGGAGCACGGAUGGACGUCGUCCAAUGCUUAUAUGCUGCUGUCGACUCGAGGAGACCACCGAGAGGUUUUAACGUACGAUCCCAUCUACGGCGCUCGACACAUACCUCUUCCUGCGGCCGAACAGCGCCUUCCCAGUAUCAUCGUCGACAAUACAUCGUUUACGCAGCAGUCUUCGCUGGGGCUCGCGCUAGAUGUAUUUGGAGGAACCGACUUGCCCUCGGCCGUCAAUGAUCCGCCUUCCGCGGAUAGUCAUCUCGUCCCGAGGUCAACUGAGUCUUCGUGUCAGCGAGGCACAGCUCAUUCGUACGUGCCCGCUAUGGCGGCAAUUGGUCCUGUUCAGCAGGCUUCGUUCCCGACUCAGCUCAACUCCAUACGUGCUCCGCUGGCCAUCACAAUAUCGGACCCUGGGCAGAUCUUUGCGAUCCACUCGACGUCAGCCCUAUUACCAUCACUCCCAACCAGGAUCUCGAUGGACGACAGACGAUCGCCAACAUGCAACUCGCAGUACGGCGCCGAUCUCGUGGCACUGCCUAGGGUCCCGCGUACUUGGGAUCUCACCCCUUCUAUGACGCACGAUCUUAUACUGCGGCCUUCGAACCCCCUUGCAAAACAGCUCUUCCAACCUGCGUUGUCUUCGAUGAGAGCGAUCCCGGGCGACUAUGGGGAGAUCCGUGUGCGCGAUCAUCUAUAUGGUUCUCGCCCUAUACCGCUCUCAGAAGCCGAGCGCCUGAUGGACGAUCAUGUCGAAGAAGCCUUACCGCAUACGGGAGAAUCCACGGCAAUGCUACCGAGUCUUACUUGGAGCACUACAUCCAUAUCUGCGCCUAUGCAUCCGACAUUGCUGCCAACCCGAGCUCAGGCGAAAUCGGGCGCUUCGUGUCAGGAUACACCAGUGGUGCAUGGACUCGAAAAUUCACGUCAAUCAACACCGAGGAUUCAGCUCAUAUACAGGACGGGGCUGAGAAAACUCUUGCUGCCGUAG